CAAUACUUUGAAGCAUAAAGGAAGAACAGCAGCAUAUGAAUGCAUCACCUUUGAGUACGGAGCUGUGCUCUUAUAAAUUUUUCUGUACUUCUGGACUCCAUCGGCUGGUGCCAUCAAACUAACUCACAAUGCCAUCAAUUUAUUUAUGGUUUCUUGAACUGGUUUUGACCUCAGUUGUGGCUAAUUGCAUGACAACAAGCCAGGGUUUCAACAGUUCAGAGGCCAGUGAUGCUAUAACUGUCGUCACCAACAACAGCAACACAAACAGCACCAGAAACAUCUCAGAAAUCCUAAGUACCACUGAAAGCAGGAAUGCAUCUGAUGAAAGCAGCACCAUCACACCUACAACAGACAACAGCACUGGGUUUGGUACGGCAAUUCAUGGAGGUGACGGAAACUCUCUAACUACUGUUUCCGAAAUUCCUUCAACAACGCCUGUUCCCUACUCUAAAAGAUCUGCCACUAUGACAAAGAGCACUCCGACAACAACCAAGAAUAACAGCUCAACUGCAGGUGACAAUACAGGAAUCAUCGUUUUGGUCAUAAUCAUCAUUGUAAUCUUUGGUUUCGGAGUUGCUUGUUUUGUGGUACGGAAAAGAGGAAGGCAUGAUUCUGUGGAGUUUGCCUCCAGAGCAGAUGAAAACUUCCCUCUCAGCACCGUAGAACCUGAAGUCCUUCUUGAGUCUACGCCUCAGAACGGUCUCAAAUCCUUUGAGAGCACAGAAACAACUGCUAAAGAGCCACAAGGACCAAAAGUUGCACCCGAAACACAGGAAGAGAAGAAAGAAGAGGCUUCCAUAUGUGCUGCUGCACCCAACGCUGAGCCUGCUGCUCCAACCGAAGCUCCAGCUGCAGCUCCACCAGAAGUUGCACCUGCAGCUCCACCUCCAGACUGCUCAGAAGAGAAACCGAAAGCGGACGAUGCCAAGCCGAGUUCCUCUGCACUUGUGGAGCCCCUUGCGGAUGAGAAAACUGAUGAUGAAGGUGUUGCCUCCAACAAGACUUCGGUGGAGUCACUGAAGGAGACAAACGAGAACAACAGCAACAACUUUGGCUUCAGUCAGAGGAGAGAUAGGACCAACAUGCUCUGGGAGGUCCGUGUCGACUGUCCGGAGUGAGAGAUGGUGUCCACCUUGCAUUUCUGCUGUUCCUCAGAGAUGAGGAUGCAGAAGAAGCCAGAGUGACUGCAGAGGAUUAAGACAACUUAACUCAUCCUCUGUAGAAAAUCUAGGUCAAAGAUGAUUCUGGGUUUGACAGAUAGUGUAUUUUUUAAGUUAAAGUCAGCUUUUAUAAUUGUUUUGCAUCUAAAGGCCUGAUUCACUGAGAAUAAGUUGCAACCACUUUAAGUGUCAAAUGUUGCAUAUUAUUUAUCCCUGGUUUCAUCUCAAACUUCAUGUCCCUCAUUAAAUAAUGCUUUUACCUCUAAGAGCAUGAAUAAUUAUUGGUCAUCUAAAUGUGGGAAAAUUGCAUCAGCACAAAAAGAAGCUGUUUGGUUGGCAGUCCAGCCUGAGUUGCACAUCAACCUUUCAGUGAGUUAAAAUUAAAUCAGGAGUGUUAAACACUGGUUCUUCCUGAAUGAGGUCCUAAAGAUAUCCCUGAAUCUGGUUAAUUUGUCACUAAUGGGCCUCUGCAGAACUUAUUGAUGUAUUGGGAAGGUAAUUCAACCAUUUAAACAGGUGUGCUGCAGCAGGUACACAUCUAAAGUUUGUAGAACACUUGCUCCUGGUUCAGAAAUCAAAACUGUGUACAGUCCUUCAGUGAAUCAGGCCCUGAGUUCAUGUACAAAACUUUUUCAAGCCAAUUAUCUCAUGAUUUACUUGAUUUUACUUUUAAUUCAGACACACAUUCUGGCUUCUAUAGUGGUUCCAUAUGAUUUACAUCUCAAAAACGUUCUUGUUCAUGAAGCAUUGAUGUUUUCUGUUUAGUUACUAGUGUUGAUCAACUGCAUUCACAGAUUUUACAAAUGUGUGUCAUUUAGAUUUGUUUUAAAAUAAUGUGAUGUGUACGCAAUAAAUGUCUCUGUUAAAAGUU